GUCGUAACAAGGGGAGCUACUCUUAUAAGAAACCAUUGUUUUUAUUCAUUCUCGUUUAUUUAUUUUUUAUGAUGACAAUUUUGUUGAUGUAAGUCUAUGAGUUAGUAUUUACUGUCAACCUAUAAUGGCCGAUGACAGAGGAACUAGAUCAUUUAGCCAGGAUAGACAAAAAUUUGUCUCCAUUUUAUCUGGGGAAUUAAUGGAAAUUCCUGAAAAAUCAAAGCUCGGAAAAUGUAGAAGUGUGAUAGAGUUUGAAAAACUUAACCGUGUUGGUGAAGGGACUUAUGGAAUUGUUUAUUGUGCUCGGGAUACAAAAAGUAACAAAAUAGUAGCACUUAAAAAAAUGAGAAUGGAAAAAGAAAAAGAUGGUUUACCUAUAAGUGGAUUAAGAGAGAUAGAUAUUUUAUUAAAUAUUCGCCAUGAGAAUAUAGUUGAGAUGAAGGAGGUUGUUGUAGGUAAAAGUUUAGACAGUAUCUUCCUGGUAAUGGAAUAUUGUGAACAAGAUUUAGCAUCAUUACUGGAUAACAUGGCAGCUCCAUUUUCAGAAUCGCAGGUUAAAUGUAUAAUGCUCCAGUUAUGUAAAGGGUUAAGAUACUUGCAUGAAAAUUUUAUCAUCCACCGUGAUUUAAAAGUUUCCAAUUUACUCAUGACCGAUAAAGGGUGUGUUAAAAUAGCUGAUUUUGGUUUAGCUAGAAAGUAUGGUAUACCUACAAAACCAAUGUCUCCGAAAGUAGUUACUUUAUGGUAUAGAGCACCAGAGCUACUUUUUGGAUCCAAAACACACUCUACAGCCAUUGAUAUCUGGUCCGCAGGAUGUAUAUUUGGUGAAUUGUUAGCACAUAAACCGUUACUACCGGGUCGAUCAGAACUACAUCAAAUAGAAUUAACUAUACAAAUGUUUGGAACUCCUAAUGAAACAAUAUGGCCGGAUUUUCCACAACUCCCUGCAUUAGAACAGUUUACUUUAAAACAACAACCAUAUAACAAUAUAAGGCAUACAUUUCCAUGGCUGUCAGAACCAGGCAUUCGUCUGCUUAAUUUUCUCUUCAUGUAUGACCCCUUAAAAAGGGCUUCAGCCGAAGAUAUCAUUGAGAGUUCGUAUUUUACUGAACCACCACAUCCUUGUGAACCAGAGUUUAUGCCUUCAUUUCCUCAACAUAGAUUAAAACGUAGACAAGCUGAAGAAAAUCCUAAGGAAGAAGUAAAACCAAAACUUAAUGAUUCUUUUAAGGAUUUUGGUAGCAGUUCAUUUGAAUCAGCAACAAAGAAGCGAAAGCAGUCUCUUUGAUUGCUAAUUUAUCAAGAAAGGUGUAUGUCAAUCCAACUCUUAAAUGUGUAUUCCUAAAACUAUCAACAAUAUAUUAUAAUUGGUAUUGUGAACCAAAAUACAUGUAUCAGUGGUAGAUAAUCUUACAGCUUGGAUUGAAUUGGAUUAAAAAUAGACCAGUCAAAAUAAUUUAGCCAAGAUUAUGGUUUGCACUGGCUUGUUUUGACCAUAUUACCUGUUGAUUAAUUUUCCAUUUAACAUAUCUUUGUAAAUACUGAUACUCCUUUUAAGUGAUUGAACUUUCACAAUAAUAUUGAAGUUUUUAGCACGGGAGAUUCAAAAUCCCUUGAAUACUGAUCAAAGACUUUAAUGUCAUUUUGCCAACCAAUUACCGGUAAUUAGAAUGGGAUUUUUCUUUCAUUUGAACAGAUCUAUCUUACCAUAUAUAUUUAUUUUUUCUUGAGAUUUAUAUUCCUAUUUUAAAAAUGCAUUAGACAUAAAUUACUGAAUAUAAAGUUCAUUUUAGAUGAAGUAAAUGCC